AUGACACCAGGUAUCAGUAAUUCCCCAAGACAUUGCUCUCAUCAUCAUUACCACCAUCAUCAUUGUUAUGCACAUACACAUUGUCAUAUUAAUCAAAACUGUCGAGGAGAUGUACCACCGCCACAGCCGCCACCAGCACCGCCACAAAGACAUGAAGAAGACAACCUAGACGGUGAAGAUGAUGGCGAAGGAAUGGAAGAGGAUUAUGAUGAUGAUGAAGAUGAAGAUAUUGAUGAUGGUAAUGAAUUAGGCGACGAAGAUCCUAAAAGAUACUAUCAUCACUAUCAUCAUUUGAUUGGUCAACCAGUCUCACCUCAACACCACCACCAUCAACAACAACAAAAUCAUAAAUCUUAUGAUAUAACAGAUGCUCCAGGAUCUUAUACUAAUUUAGAACAGAAUAAGACGGUUAGAGGAUAUUUCCCUUUUGAUAAUAUUCAUACUGGUCAAGAUGAAAGUCGUCUACCUCUGGGGAAUAAAACAGGCAUAAUAGGCGGAGAUACAUUGGCAUACAUUGAUGAUUACCAUGAUCCAUCAAUCGAGUACUAUUCAAGAUUGAAUAGAUCUCCAAAAGAUUGGAAAACAAACAGAGGAGAAACUGAUCAUAUUAGAUCAUCUCAACAAUCUCAACUAUCCACAUUGGUACAGUAUACAGGAAAUAAUAGUAAAAAGUAUGAUAUACGUCUUACUGGAACACUUCCAUCAGUUUCAUCAUCAGCCAUGAGUGCAGUAUCCUCAGUGCCAUUUUCUCACUUGACUGUAGAAAAUUUUCGUGAUUCCAAUUUAACGACAAUUUCAUUAUCCACAUCAUCUGAUUGUAUGCCUGACAGCGUACAAACAAAUUUAACUAAUUCUUUAUCAUUCCUACCUACAAAUAUUAGUUUGGAUUAUUUAAAUCCAAUCUGGAGAAAUCAAUCUGCUCACAAAAUGAAUCAAUCACUUUCCGAUAUACCUAUACAAAUCGAUAAUAAUGAUAAUGAUAAUAAUAAUAAUAAUAAUAAUAAUGGGGAUGACAGAGAUAGCACCAGUAAACAAAUCCACUCUAGGCUUUUAAUAAAUCAAAUUCAAAAUUCAAAAUUUGAAUUUUCAAAACAAAUUACUACUCAAUCUGAUAAUGGUGUUAUUACUGUUGUCAACGUUGGUGAUGGUGAUGGUGAUGAGGAGGAGGAUGACGACGGUGAUGGUGAUGGUGAUGAAAAUCGAUCAAUAUGGUCUUUAAAUGCAAUACAACAACAAGGCGAGUGCAAUAAUAAUACCGAAAUAAUACCGAUUAAUCAAUCAAAUUUUUUAACAAUGAAUAGUAUGAAUUUUGAGUCGGCGAGUGGAGUAAGAGAUUCAAGUUUAUUAAUGACAGGAUGAUAUAAAAUAUUACUGUUUUUAUGAAACUGACAUUCUAACAAUUACAAGCCAAUCUUGCCAACAGUCAGUCCUAAAAGAGAAAAGAAGGGGAAGACUGCGACUGAAAAAUCACAUUCCCUAUUUGAUACAAUAAAUCAAGUCAAUCUAUCCUUAUCUGAUACAUUCCAAUUAUACUCUGUUUAUUAUAAUAAUUUAUAUUAUGUAAAGUAAUCUAAAGUGAAGUUAUAUAUAUAUCCAUGGCGACAUUGUGACCCUCCCUCCUCAUAAUUGGUGAGUUGAUUCUUUUCUCUGUCUCUCUCUCUCUGUCAUCAUCAUUAUUUCAUCUCAUCUUCAAGUAUUUCAAAAUGUCCACUUAUUUCUUAGGGAAUUUCAUUCUCUUCUCUACAAAAGCUGUUUCCCUCUCCACCCCUCCCCUGUUUCUUUUUUGCUCCUAUCUAAUUGUCAUUCGUGAAAUAUUUGAUGUAUCUUACUUAUGGACUAACUUCUAGUCCCGGUAAUAAAAUUGUUUUCUUUCAUUGUUCACAAUUACUUUUUCUUCGCUGUUUGCGUUUUUAACUGUUCAAUGUUCAAUUCUUCAAUAUUCAAUUGUUCAGUGUUCACUUGUACAAUGUUCAAUUAUCAAGGAUAUAUAUAUAUAUUCGCAUUACAAAUAAAAGAAGAAAGAGGAAGAGAGACAGCAGGAGGAUCCUUCAGAGAUACAAAUAAUAUUUAAGCAUAUGUACAAGUACAAUUAUAUAUAUACAUACAUUUAUUCUUCAUUUUUAUAUAAUAUGGUCAUGAUAUGUAUUUACAGGUUAAAAAUGAUUGUAAUCUGUAGAUGUGAAACUUUUUCCUUCAGAUUUUUUUUCAAUAAUUAUAAAUAAACAUAUAAGAAAUUUUCUUCUCGUG